CCCUAUUUGUCCACAGGCCAGUGGUGGCACAUUUAAGGAUGAGAUGGCAGAUGAUUGGGAGGUGCGGCGACAAAAUAUCAAAAUAAAGACGUUGAAUAUACAUAUGGAGGACAAUCCGGAGCUAUUCAACAAAUAUAACAAUGUCACUAAGAGGGAUACCGCAGAGAGUUUAAAAGAAUACGCAAAAAAAAUCAAAUGGAGGUCAAACGCAAGAGUUUUGGACAUCGGUAGCGCGGAUGGUAGCGUCACCAGCAUCUUGUCCACCUACAUACCGCAAGACUACGAAAUACUGCUCGGCUGCGACAUCAACAGCAACUCCGUAAAGUUUGCAAACGCUCAGUACGGGACGGAGCGGAUGAAGUUCUUUGUGCUCGACAUAGAGAAGCCGAUACCUGAACAUCUAAAAGAGAGUUUUGAUCACGUGUUCUCCUUCUAUACCUUGCACUGGCUCACUGAUCCCGUGAUGGGUUACAUAAACAUUUACCAUCUUCUAAAACCUGGCGGCGAGUGUUUCCUUGUUCUUUCAGGGAAGUCGCCCUUCUACGACAUAUACCACGCUCUUUCCUUAACAGAAAAAUGGGCGCCAUGGGCGAAAUAUUUUGAUACAAUAGUCUCGCCAUAUCACGAUUGUAAGGAUCCCGACAAUAUUAUUUUCAAAUCAUUAAAGAACAUUGGAUUCCAUCAUAUUGAUGUACGAUGUAAGCAGAAAGUCUUCGUUUACGAAAAUACAGAUGUUUUGAAAAGUAAGAUUUUUUAUAUACUAUUUGAUGUUAGCAAUUGCACCCGAGUGAAAAAUCUUUCCAUCUCCAAAAGUCCUAGAAACGCUAUCCAGCGUAAGAAGCCUUUCCUUUUCCAUCUCCAAAAGUCCUAGAAACGCUAUCCAGCGUAAGAAGCCUUUCCUUUUCCAUCUCCAAAAGUCCUAGAAACGCUAUCCAGCGUAAGAAGCCUUUCCUUUUCCAUCUCCAAAAGUCCUAGAAACGCUACCCAGCGUAAGAAGCCUUCCCUGCUGCAAUAGUCCUUGAAACACUACGACACUAGGACUAGCUAUUAAAAAUAAAAAACAAAAAUUCCAUUAUUUUAUAUGACAAAAAAUUACCGAAAUAAAAAGCUUAUGUGUUAAUCCAUGUGGUCUAUUCGUGUAGUAAAUUUAAUUAAAAUCCAUUUAACUAUUUCUGCGUUCACUGCUAACAAACGUACGAACAUCCAAAGAUUUUCGUAAACAUUCACAUUGAUUAUAUUAAUUAGAUUCAAAACAGUAAGAAAUAAGAUGGUUUGAUAUUCGCGGCUUCGCUGUCAAGAACUCCGCUAUAGUUUACAAAGUAUUAUUUUUAUAGAGGCACAGGAAAGUGAGCCCACUCCACCU